AUGGUUGCAAAUAUGAGGAGCAUAAUGAGUCUAUUUGUGUCUGGAUUGUCCUAUUUGACAAGCAAAGAGGAUAAGAAUGCUAUUUUGAUAGAGGACAUGGAGAUAGCAGGGCUUAUGGUUGAUUUUCAACAGGUUCGGGAAGACAAGUUCAGAGAUAGAGAAGAGUUUUGCAGAAAGAAGUCUAAGAUGACAAUAGGUCACUUGAUAAGAGAGUGCCUUAAGAAUAGGAAACCUAGUGGCAAUGGGGGAAAUAAAGCUCAAUCUUCUUCAGCGGCUCUAACAGAUAGGGCCGCUCCAAGAGGAGCUACUUCAGGGACAUGCGGAGGAGAAAAUCGUCUGUAUGCUAUCACCAGUCGCCAACAGAAGGAAAAUUCACCAGAUGUCGUCACUUGUAUGAUCAAAGUAUUUACUUUUGAUGUAUAUGCAUUACUUGAUCCAGGUGCGAGUUUAUCUUUUCUGACUCUGUAUAUUGCUAUGAGGUUUGAUACUCUUCCCGAGGACGUAUCUCGAGCGCUUUAG